AUGGCCAAAUUUCCACGAAAUACCCCACCAACCAGUCAUUUUCUGGCCCUCUUCUUGAUAUUCAUAAACCUCAAUUCAUCGCCCACCAGUGCAGUGCAUCGCUAUGACCAAUCAUCUUCGAUAGAGUCAAGCAAUCCCUACUAUCGCACCUCCAGUUCCGGAGAGGUUGUGGGCUCCACCUCAAUGUCGGGAGAUGAUGCCUUCCCCCACCACAAUCGCUGCGAGCCCAUAACCAUUUCGAUUUGUAAAAACAUACCCUAUAAUCGGACAAUAAUGCCCAAUUUAAUUGGACACACCAAGCAGGAGGAAGCCGGUCUGGAGGUGACACAAUUUGUACCCUUGGUCAAAAUCGGCUGCAGUCCUGACCUACAGCUGUUCCUUUGCUCGCUUUAUGUACCGGUUUGCACAAUACUCGAUCAACCCAUACCGCCGUGUCGUUCUUUGUGUGAAUCCGCACGGGUUUGUGAAACCCUAAUGAGAAAUUACAAUUUCAAUUGGCCCGAAAAUUUAGAAUGUUCAAAAUUUCCCGAACAUGGUGGGGAGGCAUUGUGUGUGGCGGAAAAUUCAACGGCCUCCACCCCACCUCCGACGAGGAUAUCGAAAAAGGUUACAACAAGGAAAAAUUAUGCCGGCAUGGAUAGUCCUCAUCCGCAUCGAGAUAUUGGCUUUGUUUGCCCAAUGCAAAUGCAAACGCCACCCGAUAUGGGCUACUCGCUGAAAGUUGGAGGAAAGGAAAAACUCCACUGUGGUGCUCCCUGUCAUGCCAUGUUCUUCCCCGAAAAAGAACGCACUGUUCUCAGGUAUUGGGUUGGUUCAUGGGCUGCGGUUUGCGUUGCCAGCUGUUUAUUUACGGUCCUCACAUUUUUGAUUGACUCCUCCCGCUUCCGUUAUCCUGAACGAGCCAUUGUAUUCCUGGCCGUCUGCUAUUUGGUUGUGGGCUGUGCCUAUGUGGCCGGCUUAGGAGCCGGAGAUUCGGUGGCCUGUCGGGAACCCUUCCCACCACCAGUCAAGCUGGGACGUUUGCAAAUGAUGUCCACCAUAACACAGGGUCAUCGCCAGUCAACGGCCUGUGCCAUUCUAUUCAUGGCUUUGUAUUUCUGCUGUAUGGCCGCCUUUGCCUGGUGGUCAUGUUUGGCAUUUGCCUGGUUUUUGGCGGCUGGCCUAAAAUGGGGUCAUGAAGCCAUUGAAAAUAAAUCACAUCUCUUUCAUUUGGUCGCCUGGGCCAUACCGGCACUGCAAACAAUUUCCGUAUUGGCAUUGGCUAAAGUUGAAGGUGACAUUUUAUCGGGCGUCUGUUUUGUUGGCCAACUGGACACCCACUCUCUGGGGGUAUUUCUCAUCUUACCCCUGUGCAUUUAUCUCUCGAUUGGAGCCCUAUUCUUGCUGGCCGGCUUUAUAUCCCUUUUCCGUAUACGUACCGUUAUGAAGACGGAUGGCAAACGUACCGACAAGCUGGAACGCCUUAUGAUGCGCAUUGGAUUCUUCUCGGGUCUCUUUAUCCUCCCAGCCCUGGGCUACUUGGGUUGUCUCUUCUACGAGUAUUAUUUCUUCGAUGAAUGGAUGGUCCAAUGGCAUCGUGACAUUUGCCGUCCCUUCUCAAUACCCUGUCCCCUACCAAGGCCCGACGGGUCUGAGUCGCGGCCUAUUUUUCAAAUAUAUAUGGUCAAGUAUUUGUGUUCAAUGUUGGUGGGUGUCACCUCUAGUGUGUGGCUGUAUUCGAGUAAGACAGUGGUGAGUUGGCGUAAUUUUGUCGAGAAGCUGCAGGGGAAGGAGACGCGGACAAGGGGUCAGGCGUAUGUGUAAAAAGCCAAGAAACCAUAAAAAUUAGUUGAUAAGGAUAAUUUAAUGAUAAGAAAAUCUGCUAUGAAUAGUUUUUUGUUGUUGUAAUAAUUUGUAAAAUAUUUUUUUAAAAAAAAUUACACACACACACGCAGAUGCAGACAGCAGAAGCAAAAACUUACCUAGAUAUGUAACACAAAGCAAUUGAGUGCUCAAAUUUAGAGUUUAGAAAUCCUUCUUUUCAAUAGACGUAACGCGAGUAGUACCCAAUGUGGUUGGUAGACCACAGGAUACUCAAGAAUGAAUACG